AUGAGGAAAGUGAAAUUUGGGGCAGGAUUUGAAAUUGAAACCGUGCCACCAGAGAUGGUGGUUGUAACCUCUUCUGUUUCAAUUUUUUGGUUCUUCUUAGGCGAGUCUCUGGAAUUUGAAGGUUCGACCCCUAUAUUAGUCUGGUAUGGAACAAGUGACGAUGAUCUCGCAAGUGGAGCUCUGGGAAGUUUUGAACGAAGCUGCUUCCGGAGGAAAAUAUGCAAAAAGAGUCAAACUGAAAUUAGAAAUCAAAUUAGAGAACAGCAAUUAGAACAAGCAGCUGACAAGUCCGAAGAUUCUUCUUCCGAUUAUGAUUUUGAAGUUGUUGACAAUGAGAGUUUAUCUGAGGAUGAAGGCUCCACAAGUGAAUCAGGAUCCGAACAGAGUGUACUCUCUGACGAUGAGGAUGUUGUCUCAAGUAAUGAUGAUGACGACGACGACGAUGAUGAUGGGAGCGCUGGUGAUGAUGAUGGGAAUGAUGAUGAUACUAGAAAUAGCAGCAAAGUGGAUGAAGGGGAAAGUGAUGACUCCCGUGAAGUAAUUGAGGAAAGUGAUUCAUCUGAAGAUGAGGUUGCUCCUCGUAAUACUGUUGGUAGCGUUCCAUUAGAAUGGUACAAGGAUGAGGAACAUAUUGGAUAUAAUUUAGCAGGAAAGAAGAUCAAGAAGAAGGAAAGACAGAAUAAGCUGGAUUCAUUUCUUGCAAGUGCUGAUGAUUCCAAGAGUUGGCGUAGGAUAUAUGAUGAGUAUAAUGAUGAGGAAGUGGAGCUAACCAAGGAAGAUACUAAACUUAUCCGCAGAUUAUUGGAAGGAAAGGCCCCACAUGCUGAUUUUGAUCCAUAUGAGCCGUAUGUUGAUUUUUUUGCUUGGGAUGACUCCAAGCAUCCACUUUCCAAUGCGCCAGAACCAAAGAGACGUUUUAUUCCUUCAAAAUGGGAGAGUAAAAAGGUUCUCGAGCUUGUCCGGGCAUUCCGAAUGGGACGUAUAAAGUUUGAUGAUAAACCUAAGGAAAAGUCGAAUCUUUAUGAUGUGUGGGCAGAUGAUUCUAGCUUGACAGAACGACAAGGAUUGGCACAUAUUCCCGCACCGAAGUUCAAGUUGCCAGGUCACGAGGAAUCUUUCAAUCCUUCUGGAGAAUACAUCCCAUCACAAGAAGAAAUUAAUGCCCUCCAGCUCAUUCUUGAGGAAGACCGUCCUAAAUUUAUUCCCCAGCGGUUCGAGUUCUACCGAAGUGUUCCUGCUUAUGAUAAAGCUGUUACUGAAAGGUUUGGUCGUUGCUUGGAUCUUUAUCUAUGCCCUCGAGCUCGGAAAAAACGGAUUAAUAUUGAUCCUGAGACGUUGAAGCCUAAGUUGCCAAGUCGUAAAGAUCUUAAACCUUAUCCAACAACAUGUUAUCUGGAGUACAAAGGUCAUAAAGGUCCUGUCAUUUCAGUUACUACAGAAUCUACCGGUCAAUGGAUUGCUUCUGGUUCAAAUGAUGGAAGUGUUCGUGUUUGGGAGGUUGAAACUGGAAGAUGUCUUAGGGUCUGGGAUAUAGGCGAACCUGUUCAGCAAGUUUUAUGGAAUCCUCUGCCUGAGCUUCCUUUAUUAGCAAUUGCAGCGGGUCAGGAUGUGUUUAUUUUGAACACUGGAUUAGGAAGUGAAGAAGAACAGAAAAUGAUUGAAGAGCUUCUGCGUAUUGAAACCCCAACAGCACCGGAUGAUUCUGACAAGAAUGCAUCCUUUAUCAGCUGGGGUCCCGAUGAGAAGCAUGGGGGAAUCAGGUUGAAACACUUUAAGACUGUAUCUUCAUUAGAGUGGCAUCGCAAGGGAGACUAUCUUUCAACGCUUAUGCCACAUGGUGAAUCAAGAUCAGUAUUAAUCCACCAACUCUCUAAGAAACUUACCCAAAGAAUACCUUACAAGUUGAGAGGACUUCCUGUUUCAUCUGCCUUCCAUCCGAUUCGUUCUAUAUUCUUCAUUUCAACGAAGAAGGAUGUUCGUGUUUAUGAUCUGUUAAAGCAGAAGCUUCUUAAGAAGCUUGAACCUGGAGUGCGUGAAGUUUCCUCCAUUGCUAUUCACCCUGGUGGUGAUAAUGUCAUUGUGGGAAGCAAAGACGGAAAAUUGUGCUGGUUUGACAUGGACCUUUCUUCUCAGCCUUAUAAAGUCCUCAAGCCUCAUAAAAAAGACAUCAACAAAGUCUCUUUCCAUCGUUCAUACCCUUUAUUCUCGUCAUGCUCAGACGAUUGCACUGCAUAUGUUUUCCACGGAAAGGUUUAUUCGGAUCUGAAUCAGAACCCUUUAAUUGUUCCCCUGGAGAUUCUACGUGGGCAUGCCAGUGCGGAUGGAAGAGGAGUUCUGGACUGCAAGUUCCAUCCAAGGCAACCAUGGCUAUUUACUUCAGGCGCCGAUUCAGUUAUCAGGCUCUAUUGUUAUUAA